AUGGCUCAACCUGAGGCCCAUGAAAUCCCUACAAGGCGCACACCUGUGCACUGGAGAAACGAAGAAAUCACUGCACUUGUUAAUCAUAUGUACGAUAACCGUGCAAGUGGUGAUACCUCCGGCAACUUCAAGCCACAGGUGUAUACUUCUGCACUAACAGUCAUCAACGAUGAUCCCGACCUUCAACCAUUGCGGAUCGGUCCAGCAAAGACCGUCAAGAUGGUGAAGAGCAAGUGGGCAUCACUCAAGUCUAUUCAUCACGCUAUUGAUAAAUACCGCAACCAGACCGGUACACACUGGGACAGUGCCAAUGGAGCUGGGAUCCAUGGCCCUGCAGCGUCCGCUGUGUGGGAUUCGUAUGUUGCGCUCAGUUCCAAUUCUCACAUGCGUUCAUUCCGCAACACAGGCUGGCCUUACUUUGAGAAAAUGCAGGAAAUAAUUCCCUUGGGUGGCGCUAGAGGGCGCCAUGCCUUCCACCCAGGUGUUAUGGGUCCUCCACCAGUACCAGACGCUGAUGAGAAUGAGCCUGGCCUUGCUCAGGCUCCAGCCCUCUCUUCUGCCGGUCCUUCCACCACUGCCAAUCAUUCAUCUGUCACUGGCCCUUCAUUCACCACCGGUCCUCGCUCUAACACCGGUGGUCUCUCUACCGCUACCAGCUCUGCUGGUGCCAAGGCACCCUUAUGA